CCCAUCCGUCCCGCCCCUUAGCUCCUAUCACUUCGCGGAUUGGCUAGCGUUGACGUCAUGCUGUUCUUCCCCGGGUGACCUCAUCGCAGCCGGCUCUCACCCGAACCUCCUGCAACCCCGAACGGUGACCCGGUGGCGAGGCCCGGAGCCCAGGCCCAGCAGAAGCGGGGAUAAACCGACUGGAGCAGUUUAUUACAAGGCCAAAGAGCGAAUGACUUCAUCCUCUCUGCAUGUGCAUUAAAGGAGAACUAAAGCCUAACUAAAGAAGCUCAGCUGAAGGAGGAGGAAGAGGCUGAACUGGGGAGCGAAGGUGAAGGAAUGAUGUAAUUCGUAUACAACGUCGCAGCAGCUUUUGUUUGCACUUCUCAAACUGCCCUUUCAAACUGCCUCCCCAACAAAAGGAGCAAAGAAGCUCUCCGGCCGCUCACUCUCCGGAGUCCCACUGUGGCCCCUGCGGGGGUUCUUUUAGCCGACUCUUAUCCGCACGAUGCACCUGGGGAGCACAAUGAGCCGGACAGAACCAUAACCGACCCCCACUCUGCUCCUCCCCCAGCCCUUCAUCAGGGCAGAGGUGCUGUGAUGGCCUCCGAAAGUCCCCAGUGCCGGAUACUGACUGCCGAAAAGCUGGUCACUUGGAUGGAAGGGGGGACGGAGAAGGUGCUUCUCAUUGACAGUCGCCCCUUUGUGGAGUUCAACACCGCUCAUAUCCUCGAGGCCGUCAACAUCAAUUGCUCCAAACUGAUGAAGAGGAGGCUGCAGCAGGACAAGGUCCAGAUUGUGGAACUGAUCCAGCACUCGGCCAAACACACGGUGGAACUGGAUUGCCAGGCUCAGCAGGUGGUUGUAUAUGAUCAGAGUUCAGUGGACGUCUCUACUUUGCCUGCCGAGUGCUUCCUCUCUGUGCUGCUUGGGAAACUGGACAAACUCUUCCACAAUGUGCAACUUCUCUCAGGCGGCUUCUCUGAAUUCUCCGCAUGUUUCCCUGGGUUGUGUGAAGGCAAAGCUUCUAUGGUUCCCACUUGCAUCUCCCAGCCCUGCCUGCCUGUGUCCAGCGUGGGCCCCACUCGCAUUCUCCCUCACCUGUACCUCGGCUGCCAGAGGGACGUACUGAACAAGGAGCUGAUGCAGCAAAAUGAAAUUGGGUACGUACUGAACGCCAGCAACACUUGCCCCAAACCAGACUUCAUCUCAGACUCCCACUUUCUGCGGGUACCUGUGAACGACAGCUUCUGCGAGAAGAUCCUGCCGUGGUUGGACAAAUCUGUGGAUUUCAUAGAGAAAGCCAAGGCUUCAAAUAACCGUGUCCUAGUGCACUGCUUAGCUGGAAUCUCCCGAUCUGCAACCAUCGCUAUUGCCUAUAUCAUGAAGAGGAUGGACAUGUCCCUGGAUGAGGCUUAUAGGUUUGUGAAGGAGAAGAGACCGACCAUCUCUCCGAAUUUCAACUUUCUAGGGCAGCUUCUAGAUUUUGAGAAGAAAAUUAAGGCUCAGACGGGGCAAGUCGUGCCACCCUGUAAAUUGAAACUGCAGCUGGAGCUCAGCACCAACGAGCAAGUCGGCUCCAUCGAGACCCACCAACCCCCAAGCCCGCUGCAUAGUUGUCCUACCUCAGCAGAGCUGCAUCCCGAGCCCUCCAUAGUACAGCCGUCUGAAUCUGUAGAGGAGACCCUACUUCUGCAAGGCCUCGACGGACUUCAUGUGUCUCCCGCAGAGAAGCUUGGGGACAGCAAUAAAAUCAAGCGCUCGUUCUCUCUGGAUAUCAAGUCGGUGCCCUUUUGCAGUAUAACCAGCGCAACGUCUCUUUCCGCCAGUUCGGAGGACAUUACGGAGUUCUAUAAACCUCCCGCUACCCUGGAGGGCGGUGCCAAGAUGUGCCAGUUCUCGCCGGUUGAGGAGGUUUCGGAGCAGACGCCGGAGCCAAGUCCCGACAAAGAGAAAUCGGCAGUAGUCCUAGAUAAACCCAUUGGUACCCGGCAAACAGAGGCCACUCUCAGGCAACAACAGCACAUGGGACGGGCCAGCGUUCUAUCCCAGAGGUCAGUAGCCACCCCACUGUUCCGCAGCGGAAGUAUGGAGGACAACCGAAAAAAUAACUUCUUGUUUGGACUGUCCAGCAGCCAGCAGCACCUGACCCGAUCUGGCUUGGGCCUCAAAGACUGGCACUCGGACAUCUUAACAACACAGACCACCUCACUAACUGGCAGCUGGUACUUCACUUCUGAUGGCCCCUCCCACUUCUAUUCUGGCUCCGCCCUUUACGGUGGCGGAACAUUCACUGCUUACAGCUGUGGGCAACUCCCUGCAGAAAGCUCCUGUGCGGUGCACAGGAGACAGAAACCCUCUGCACGUGGGGACUCCCGGCGCAGUUGGCACGAGGAAAGCCCCUUUGAGAAGCAGUUUAAGCGCCGCAGCUGUCAGAUGGAGUUUGGGGAAGGGCUGGCGGACAGCAUAUCUCGAGAAGAACUUGGGAAAGUAGGCAGCCAGUCGAACUUCUCUGGAAGCAUGGAGAUCAUCGAGGUGUCCUGAGACUUGCUGCGGUUUUGGAAGGGGAGGGUAGCGGGGAGUCAGCAAGCUGAGCUUCUGUUCUCGGUUUUUAUUUUUCUUCUUUUCCCUGUUAAUCUGAAUCCGUCAUCCUUACAGUAAUGUGCUGGGGGAAUACUUUCUUAAAGCUUAAGCAAACCUUUAAAACAAGUGAAUGUAAAAAUGAUGAGAGUGCUAUGCCAAGAACUUUUGUCAUUUACAU